GACCUAGUAGGUAAGUCCAAGUCACGCCAAGACGCAUUCAGGCAAGAACGCACUGGUCGCUGUUGUUCUGUCCGUCAUCCGUACCCGCCUUUCCUUGCCUCGCCUCGACGAUUUCCUUUACGCAUGAACUCAUUCCACCUCUCGCCAUUCUUUAUACCAACGAACUUUUUUUUUUUUUACUACGCAUCGCGUCUCCGCCAUUCCCUUUUACACUACAUACCAUCCUCCCCGUCGCUUUGCGCAUAUAUUCUAUACACGCACUACCGAAUACCAUUCAUUUUCUAAAGGGACUAGAGAGGCAUUAUUAUUUUGCUGAUCCUCGUAUCCCUCGACUUAUUUAACUUUUACCAAGAAGAAUCCCCUCCCCAUGCGAACAGAACAAAGAUAAUAGAAGAAAAAAAAGAAAGGAAAGGAAAAAAAAAAGGGAAAAAAGGAGCCAGACCGCAUCGAAGAGAUAUCUCGCAUCCCUCCUCUCCUCUCCUCGCCGACGAAAUCUACACAUGCCUCAGAGCAUCGUCGCAUCUACAUCUCCCGCUUGUUUUCCGAUCGACAACCCAGAAGCCUUGGUGAGCCCAACUCCAGUCUCGCGCCGCGCCGGCGGAAGGGGGUUCGAGGCAUAUGAUGCCCGGUGUCGUCAUGAUGGAGAACGGCGUUCGGGCGUCGCUACACACAAAUCAUGACAGAGACCAUAGUCAAUUUGUUAACGGUAACGGGAAUCAUGCAGCUCAAUCCGCGCCUGACCGACACAAUGGCAUUUCUACCGGGGCUGGAGCUGGAAGCAGUAACGGGGCAAGCUCCAUGGCAAAUGGGAAGGAGAACGGCGACGGCGUAAACGCGGCACUGGUACAGCGAACAAGCUCUAACCCGUCGCGUAUGAACGACCUCCCGGACGAAAUAAAGCAUAUUACGGAUGGAUUCAUCCCCUUGAGCGUGCUGCUGUCGCGGCUCGCCCAGAAAACCCAUAAUCAACUAGCAGACGAGAUAAUUGCUUUAGCUAAAAUGCCAGCACCGACCUCGGCUGCCAACGGCAAUUCCUCUCAUGCUCCUGUCAUUACAGACGAUACUUCACCCGAAAAUCUCAGCAAGAAAACCAGACUUCUUAAUUUCAUCCAGGAAAAACAUGCCGAAUGGGUAAAAGCGAUAGUAAUUGCGAGAUGGAGCCGGAACGCCUCAUCUGUCAGCAAACUGAUCGAUAUACAUUCUCUUUUUAGAAACGAGCAGAAGAGGUACUUCGAUAUCAUAACCAUCCUGGCGGAUCAACGAUGGUCCCUAGCCUUUGCGCGACUCCCGAAUCCUGACCUGCGAACAGCUCUCCACGUACUCUCUACCGGAACGGCCCCCUGGAUGCCGGACCUCGGCUACAUAGAUCCUCCCCCUCUAACUCCAAAGGAGCAGCUACAGUGGAUCGAGAAUCUCAACACUCUACUUUCGAUUCGGCUCAACUUAGAGGACUACGAUAACAUCCCUUACCAUUUUCGAGAUUACACCAUCGAUUCCGGGCGCGUCACCUUCAAGGUUCCUGGCGAGUUCGAGGUAGACCUCACCAUAGCCGACGAGGAUUUUGAGAAGCAGUUCUGGUUCAUUGACUUCCGAUUCGACUUCGCCCCGGCACCAUCUGAGCUAUCCGACUCGCUGAGGAUUUUCUUGGAAAGCAAAGUUAACGAAGUUCUAGAGAAAGAUGGUCUCAAAGGGUGUUAUAAAUUCCUACACGAGUUGGUGCUAACUCACAAGAUCACGGAAUACGUACGCCAGGCUUUCGAGCUGAGCAGGGGCCGGUGGGUGGAUACCCUCAAGGUCGAGCGACUCAAUCGGGCUUUGGCAAUCCAAUAUUGGGUCGGCCGCUACCCGCCAGAGGGCCCGAAAAGCUGGAUCAUCCUAGGUGUCAACAGCGGCAGAAAAGCAGGCGCACCCGAGGACCCUAAAUCGACGAGUUAUCUCACGUUACGUUGGUUCAGGGAUAACAAGGAGGUGAAGGACGUGGGGAUUCCACUUAACGAUGCGAUUAUUUCGACGGAGGAUCUUUUGAACAGCGUGAUUGGAAAACACAUUGAAUAUAUUCUUGGCUCGAUAUACGCCAAAUUAAAACCGAAUGGCCGCUUUGCCAAGCGGGAAGCCGGCCUUGCUCUGGAUAUACGGAAGGAUGACCCGUCACAGUCAUCCCUCAAGGUGCAGAUAGGAUAUAAACACUAUCUAACCGUGAGAGUCAGCCCGAUUACCGGGUUAUUCUCGAUGAAGCCGCAGUCGAGCAUGGCGUGGAAGGAGGAGCAAAGGUUAAACUGGUACUCGAAAGAUCCCAUUCAAGACGGGGUUACUUGUGUAGAAAAUGUGAGAUGCCACUACGUCGUCAACGAAAUUAUCCGACGUGGGAAGAGUAUAGGCUGGUUUGUUUGCAAAGCACCCGUGAAAACGGAGGCUGUAAAGGAAGCGUUGAAGUCACGGGAAGUCGGUCAACUCGUAUGGCUCAGGCGGCGUGGUUGGACGGACCAGUGGUAUUUGAUGGUAAAUCUGAGCUUAAGCGGGGACACAUGGUGUUUGACGGGAGUCUAUACUCCCUCUACCGGAGACCCGCGAAUCUUAUCACUUACCAAGUUACCGCUUAGUUCUUACAUGCCAAACUUCAAAGACAAGUUCUUCUCUAACUUAACUAUCUUUACCGCCGCUAUCAUAUCCCAUAUAACGGACAUAAGGUCCCUCCACCAACGGCGAGUAAAACACUCUAUUUACCCUGGAACCAACUAUGCACUUCCACCGAGCAUAAAGAUUCCAGCUAUCUUAUUACGGCUUUCGGAUAUAUUGCGAUCGCCCCAGUCGAACGAAUCUGGCCGGCGAAUUGCAUCCUGGGCGCACGACUACGUGCAGGUAGUAUUUAGAGGCGCCAGUGGCCCGUCUACUAAACCGCAGACUUCGGACCGUCAUCUGAUGGCUGUCGACGGUACCGGAGAAAACGCAUCACUGCAAAAAGACUCGUUGCAUAUAUUCCUCGAAGCUCGGAUCAAGGUUUCCGAUCCUUCUAGGUUUGGCUUACUUAAAGGACACGUUGAACGAGACGUGGCAUUCAGCAGGCGGCUGGGGGUAUUUGCGCUCCGUUUGGAGGAGAAAAUCGGGGAUACAAUACUAGAUACACUUGUCCAUCGCCUACGGGCCAUCGAUAGGCUGGCCGACUGCAUCGACGCGAUACGUCAAAGCGACAGGGACAUCCAUUGCGAGGAGAUAACCCUUACAAAGAUCGUGGUUAGUUAUACUGACCGACUAAAAUCGGAGACGGGUGCCACGACGCAGCAGAAUGGUCACCGUUGGAAGGCGACGUUAGAGUUGGGUCCUAAUACAACUAGGUUGUUGUUCGAAAAGGGCAACCCACAGUUGCGCUCUUUAGAUCUGUUCCGACAUCUGGUCAAUUCGGAUCUCCGUUGCGAAAAGCUACCGUUUUUCUUGUCGAGCACAUUACCAAUCCAUCGCGCUCUGGAUGCAGUCGAAAAUUCAUGGGGUGCCCUCGAGAUGAACAAUCAGGGUCGUGUCGAGGUUUUCGUAGCGCAUAUGGAUUGGUUUAAUAUACGCUACUAUCUUCCUCCGACCAGGAAUUCGCACGUCCCGCGUCGGUUGACGUUACAGAUUCGGCUUCGAAAACGUCGGGCCGGUGUCGAAUGGGAAAUACUCCGCGAGGAACCUGGUACGAUGAAGAAUCCCGAUGACGAGUUUAAGCAGGUGCUCGACAAGGUUUGGAACGCAGAUAAUAAAUCCUGGCGUUCUCUACUGAACUCGGCUUCGUGCGAGCCAGACCACCGGGUAGCAGAUUUGAUCAGAGCGGUGGACGAGAGCGUCAGGCGGCUCUUGACGCGCUCGCCGACGCUAUUAAAGCAAAACCAGGCUAAGGGCCAGGUACCAGCUAAGAACCAGACCCAGGCUAUGUAUCAUAAGGCGAUGGCAGCCGGUAAGGUUCGGAUGCAGACGGACCAGGUCGUGAUAUUGGACGACUAGGGCGACAGGGAGGGGGAGAGAGGAAAUGAAUAAGUGAUGGCAUGGCGUAGGGAGCAAGCAAAGCAGGUAUACGAGCAAACCAGAAAAAAAAAGUUCUUUUUUCUUUUCUUUUUUUUAGAAAGAAAGAAAGAAGCAGAGAGAAAGAGACUGCGAUGUGAAUCGGGGAUGCUGGCCAUACUUGAGAUACCCUUAGGAAACAGAGGCACGAGAGGCAUAAGGGGGGGGAGAGAGAAUAAACUCCUUAAGCUACCCCGAAGGUCACAAAUGAAAGUAUUAUUAAUGAUUAUUUUCCGAAACGGAUUGCUUUUAUUUUCUCGGUGAUAAUGUCGUAAUGAUUUUGAUAUGUGUUUUGUGCUGUACU